AUGCAAGUGUAUUGCCCAACUUUUCAUUGAGAUGAAAAAGAAAGUGACAUCACUGACAUGAAAUAUGAUCCUAAAGUAACUGAAUUUAGCUUUGCUAUUGGCAUGGAUAAUUUUGUUACUUAUGAGCCUGGGCUCUCUUCAAUGAAGUGUAAGCCGAUCAUAUCAACUGGGAAGGCCUUUACAUACAAGAAUAAAUUUCUUGGGCAAGGACCACUAACUGACAACACUCAAGCAACACCUGGUGAAAUUCCAGUUGCCACAGUCAUCUCCAGUAUGAGCUCAAAAAGAGAAGCCAUUACCAAGCCAAUGCUGCAACCUAAUCUCUGCCUUUAUGAAGUAGUAAGCAUGCUGAAAUGUUGUUCGUGUAAUGCUGUCUUCCAUGACAUGACUUCACUGCUUCAUCAUUACCAGACAACUCAUCUUGCUGACUCUGAGGGGCCUCCUGUGUGCAUCAGGGUCAGCACUGCCGAUAAGAAAACCUUGCAUCAAUGCAACCAACGAACGGUUGUGUGCCACAAGUGUGGGUCCACUAUCCCUGCUUCUACACUUGAGGGGUUUGCAUCCAAGGUGAACAUACCUGCUUGUAAGGAGAAUAACAUCAGUGAAGCAAAUCUCUCACCUGCGAAUAACCCUUUUUAUGAAACAGCUUCUUCAUCAAGUUUCCCUAGCUCUAUGAACUUACUUGAUAGUGUUGACACUCCUGGCAGUGAACGUGCUGGCGACAACUUCAUUACUACUGCCGCGGAUUGCAGUGCACUGGAUGAGCGUAGUCCAUCUCCAGAUCCAAUAAACCACCACCACCCAACUGAGGGCUUUCAGGAUUCUUCUUGCCCUGAUACAGCAAUAUCUUUUCUUGACGAGUCCUAUCUCAAUAACAAAUACGUUGCACGUGACUUGGUCAAUACAUCUACACUUGCGAACAGCUCAACAUCAGCAGAUGUUCUCUUUGUCAACUCUACUUCUUCCUCUGGGCAAGUUGAGGACAACUCGACUGAUGGCAGUUCUGUGUUCAGUGAGGAUGACGAUGAUGUGUCUGGUCACAGUGAAGGGAAGAAAGAUGCUGGCAAUGAUUGUGCCACUCAAGUCUACGUCCUGGACGUGCUAGGCGGCACUGACAUGGAGGACGUCUCGCAGAGCAACGAUGCUGAGCUUCUUGAACAGCCCCCACGUCGCCAUCUCAAGCUCACAGGGAACCCGGCGCCUCCUCCUCUCGUCCCUAAGAAGCCAAAGAUCCAUAAGUUCGUUGCCUGCUCAUGGCGGCUCCUUCCUUCCAUGUCAACUGUUUGCUCCUAA